UCUAAACAGACGAAAGUGCAAAAAGAUGGAGUUCUGGGCAUUGUUGCACCCAAUCUGCAAGCUCUUAAAGCCGUGCAAGUGCUUAAGAGUUUUGACUUUACAGCGAGUAUCCCAAAGUUCAAAAUGUGAGUUUUUAUCCAGGUGGGGUCACAGUUACACGAUAGAAUCAUCAUCUUCUUCCCUCAGAAAUUGCCUGGCAUCACUAGGAGUGUAAUAUUUACAAGAUAAUUGCUAUAACAAAAGGGUUCUUUCUUGUGGAGGAGGGACACACCCUUCAAAACUUUUUAUGAGGUGGUUGUUAUUCGUGUUCCUGCUUCUCAGAAAAUAUUUCUGACCAUUUUUAAAACAAAGACGCAUCUGGGUAUCUUCAGGAAUCACUACGUAAUUGUUUUUAGAAAAGAUCAACAUGGAAGAUAGUCCUUUUUCGCCUGGUACAAUGCUCGGUGGUCCACUGGAUUCUGCUAUGGACUUGGACUACAUGGAUGAAUUGUUCUCAAAAGGAUGCUGGCUUGAAACUAUUGAUGGAUCUGAGUUCCCUCAUCCUAGUCCCUCUUUGUCUACUUCCUUCUUUGACUCAUCUUUUCCUUUUCCUGCUUUAGAGACUAUCAAUGGCAAUACAAUCUCAAGCACCAGCGAAUCUCAACGGGGAAACCAAGAAGAAAAACAGAAACUGUUUUUGCUGGGAAAUUCACCUUUGAUUGAUCCCCAAGGAAGAACUCCUCUUAAUACUCAAUCUCUGAGCCAGAGCAUGGUUCCUGUUGAUGGAAGCCUUAGAGAAUUAGAAAAUAACAUUACUGAACGUUCUGAAAUAAGCAGAAGGUGGUGGAUUGGGCCCAUGGCAAAUCCAGGACCUGCUGCUACUGUAAUGGAGAGAUUAAUAUGGACACUUGGGCGCAUUAAAGAUUUUGCAAGUCACAAUGAUGUCCUAAUUCAAUUAUGGGUGCCUGUAAAUAGAGCUAAUAGACGUGUCUUGACUACAUAUGAACAACCUUUCCAACUUGACCCCAACUGUCAGAGGCUUGCAAAGUACAGGGACAUCUCUGUUGACUAUAUUUUUUCUGCGGAGGAGGACACCAAUGAUGUGGUGGGAUUGCCUGGUCGGGUUUUCUUGGGUAAGGUUCCUGAGUGGACUCCUGAUGUCCAAUUCUUUCUAGGUGAUGAGUAUCUACGAGUUUGUCAUGCUCAACAGUGUGAUGUUCACGGAACCCUUGCCGUUCCUGUUUUUGAACAAGGCAGUAGGACUUGCUUGGGUGUUAUUGAGGUUGUGAUGACGACCAGGAAGAUUAAGUAUCGAUCUGAACUUGAAAAUGUUUGCAAAGCACUUGAGGCUGUUGGUCUUAGGAGCUCUGAGGCCCUUAAUGUUCAAAGCAUAAAGGCAUGUGGGAUAUCAUACCAAGCUGCCUUACCUGAGAUCCAAGAGGUCUUGAGAUGUGCUGGUGAGACUUACCGAUUGCCUUUAGCUCAGACUUGGGUCCCGUGUGUCCAACAGGGUAAAGGGGGUUGCUGGCACUCAAAUGGAAACAUUCAUUGUGUUUCCACUGUAGAUCAUGUUUACCAUGUUGCAGAUCCUGAUAUGAAGGGUUUUCAUGAGGCUUGCUCUGAGCAUCACUUGUUAAAAGGUCAAGGUGUGGCUGGGGGAGCAUUUAUGACAAACCAACCUUGCUUCUCAACUAACAUAACUUCCUUUAAAAAGACCGAGUAUCCUCUCUCUCACCUUGCAAAGAUAUUUGGGUUGUGUGGCGCUGUUGCAAUACGACUGCGGAGCAUCCAUACUGGUACAGCUGACUUUGUCUUGGAGUUCUUCUUGCCCAAGGGUUGCACGGAUCUUGAAGAGCAGACGAAGAUGCUUAAUUCUUUGUCUGUCAUCAUUGAGCAGGUUUGUCAAAGCUUACGGGUUAUAACAAACAAGGAGCUGGAGGAAGAAACUGGUUUGCCUAUUAGUGAAGUGAUUGUCUCUUCAGAUAGAGGAAAGAUGUUAAAUGUAGAUACCCAUUUAGAAAAGUAUUCUCAGGAAAAUUCAUCCUCAGCAGCCUGUGUCAUGGGGGUCCAAAAAAAUUGUGACAACUCAUUAAACCAAACAGCAAAACCAAGAGCAGUAUCUAAUGAAAAAUUGUUGGAAGUUAGGGAACAAGAAGAAGACGUUAACCAAAAAGGGAGUGUUGAACAUUGUGGAGAUUCUAAUUCUGGUGAAGGUAGCUUCUCAAGUGUGGCUAUGGGUAAAACUGGAGAGAAGAGGCGUACCAAGGCAGAGAAACUUAUCAACUCACAAGUUCUUCGGCAAUACUUUUCUGGGAGCCUGAAAGAUGCUGCUAAGAGUAUUGGUGUUUGCCCAACGACCUUGAAAAGAAUAUGUAGGCAACAUGGGAUAAAACGUUGGCCUUCCCGAAAAAUCAAGAAGGUUGGGCGUUCUUUGCAGAAACUCCAACAUGUGAUUGACUCUGUUCAAAAAGGAACUGGUGCUUACCAAAUUGGUUCUUUCUAUUCAAACUUCCCAGAAUUGUCUUCGUCAUAUGUAUCAAGAACUAGUCGUUUUACAACUUCUGUGCCAACCGAUUGUCUCAAGCCAACAAGUCUGCAGCCGAAAGGUGGCAUUUGUAGCCACAAAGCAGCAAAAUCACUCUCUUAUAGUCAGAGUUCCGGUUCCAGCCAUUCCUGUUCCAGUGGGAUUCAGAAGCACCUUUCUGCAAACAGUGUUACUGGUUUUGAAGAUCCUGUAGUUGGAGAGAGCUCUGACAAUGUUGUGUUGAAGAGGGUCAGAAGUGAAGCAAGGCUGCAUGCUUCGAAUCAAGGACUGAAGUUGUUGCCGAGGUCAAAAAGCCACAAAUCUCUUACUGAACGGCCAAUUUUGAAGACUCUUCCUUCCUUGCCGGAAAAUUGUGGCCAGAUAUCCCAAGAGGUUGACAUGCUGAGAGUAAAAGUCACCUUCAAAGACGAGAAGAUAAGACUCCGCAUGCAAGAUAAUUGGAAAUUCAAAGAUUUAGUACAAGAAAUUGCAAGGCGGUUUGGCAUCGAUAACAUGAGCAUAUAUGAUCUUAAGUACUUAGAUGAUGACGGUGAAUGGGUCUUAUUAACAUGUGAUGCUGAUUUAGAGGAGUGUAUUGAUAUAUAUCGAUUGUUGCAGAGCCACACAAUUAAACUCUCUCUGCAACCUUCUCAUCAUCUUUCGGAAAAGGUUAUUGGGUAGCAGAAGCUCUUCUUGAUCCUAUGAAGAAUUGAACGGUUAAGGAAUUUAUUGGCUGUCCACCAAAACAGUCUCCAAAUGGCACAAGGCUUGAAGCUGGCGAACAAUUUGGCAUAGUAUGUUAUAAUCAGGCCAUAACAGUUUUGGAAUGAGAGUAAGUCAAAGCAGUGUUUUAAAACCUUUAAUCUAUCAUGAAGUUCAAGAGUGAAGAAUCAAACGGAGUUCAUUAGGUAAGGGGUAUGUAUCACAUUCCCCCAUAUCACAAUUCUGUUUUGUUAAAUAUUGUAUUAAUGUUCAUCUAAUCAAUCACCAAUCUGUCGGUCGGUCAGAUCAAUCAAGACCUUGUUCAGGUAUGAAGUGGAAUUUUCUUAAUCCUUAAUUCAUAAGGACUAUUCCAGGACAUGACAACAUGAGUGUUCUAGAAUUAGGUAACUCCACUUUCUAAUUUAGUUUGUCAUUGCAUGAAGCUCCAAUUUAUGAGCUUCUUAGUGGAUUGUUUAUUUGCCCAUCUCCUGUUAUGUUUUACAUUGGUGAGUUGAAUAGAGAAGCAAUCUAUGCACAUGGUGAAAGAUGAA